GCCCUAAUACUCUCUUCAAGUGUCACUGCGCCUAGGGUUUUAUCCAGCACCUUAGGGUUUGAUUUGUUGAAUGCCAUACAAUGCUAUUCCUCAAAUGCACACUCUCACCCUUCAGGUACUCUGUUCUCUCAAAAUAUUCCUUCUUCUCCACCUCAAAAUUGUCUGAUGUCAUAUCAUCAAAUAGACGACGAACAGAAGGAGAAGAAUAUUGCAGACGAAAAAUUGCUACGACCCAAUUUUUUCUCAAUGAAUGUGGGCUUUCUGAGUCCCAAGUUUUGGCGAUUGGUAGGAGGAAUGAAGAUUUGUACAAAACUAUAUCCAUCGGCACAGCCCAGCAGGCAACCCAGCUCUUUAGAGACUCAGGUUUCACCGAAGACCAGUGAAGAGGCGCUGAAAUUGGAGAUUGAAUAUGUGAGAAACCUAGGUAUUUUGGAGGGAUCGAAAGCAUUUGCGAACGCCCUUGCAGCGGUUGAUAGCUCUGGGCUUGAAAAUUUUGAAAAUAAAUUAAAACUCUUGACAACUCUUGGUCUUCUGGAGAAUGAGAUCCUGAAGAUUGUAAGGUGGUUUCCUAGUACGCUCUCUGGUGGCAUUGAUAAGAUAAAGAAAAAUAUGGAUUUCUUGAAAAAUACCGCUGGCUUUCAGCCGAACAUUGUGGUUACGCAUUCACGUCUUUUGACUUAUAGCGUAGAGAAUAGGCUUCUACCACGCCAUAAGGUAUUUGAAUUUUUAAGGGAAACAGAUCCAUCAAGACUUCCCAAAAGUCUAGUUAAAGUGUAUAACCUAAGUGAACGAAGUUUUGCCGACAAGUUUCUGCUGGGCACUCCUGAGGCGGCAAAAUUGUUUGAAAACUACAAGGGGAAAUCUGUUGAUCUUGCCAUCAGCUGAAAGACUUCUGUUGAGUUUGUAGCAGACAGAAAAGGGGUUUUAAUCAAUCCAGGCAUUUUCAUGAGGUUGGAUCAGAAUAAAAGGGGGUAAGCAUUUCAUCAGGUUGAAUCAAACAAAAAGAAGCUUUAUCAAUCUGGACCUUUUCUUGUGGUUGGGUCAAACAAAAAGGGUUUGAUCAAUCCAGGCCUUUUCUUGAGGCUGGACAAGACCGAAAGGAGUUGUGUAUCAGUCAAAACCUUUUCUUCAUAUUGGAUCUCAGACCAGAAGGGUCUUUUUAUUAAUCCAGACCUCACUAGGCUUAGGUAUGAAGUUUUACUCUUUGUUCAUUACAUAGUCAAUUGCAACUCUUGAAAACUAGUACUCUGUGAUUGAACUGUAAAGGUGUUCAGUUCUGUAAUUGAACUGUAAAGCAGUGUUCUGAUAUAACAAAACUUUCCAAAAACAAGGAAAAGAAUCUAUCAAAUUGUUUUUACAUUAUAAUGAAACAUCUAAUUAAAAUCUAUUUAUAAGUAAUCCAAAGAAUCAGUUCUCUAGAUCUA